AUAUCUUGCUACAAUUUACGUAGUACGUUGUAUGUUUAUUAUUAAAUUGUAAUUUAUAUUUAAAGUAGAUUGUAUUUUAUGUAUCUUGAACAUUCUUUCUUUCCUCAUAAAAUUCAUAUUAAUUUCUAGUAUUAGAAGUAAAUUUAAUAUUAACUACGUGUUUCAACUUUUUAAUUUAAUAUAAGGAAACGUUAGACGUGAAAAUGCCACUGUAUAAUUUCAAAAAGAUCACGGUCGUACCGACCGCCAAGGAUUUUGUAAACAUUAUGCUGUCAAAAACGCAGCGAAAAACUCCAACAGUUGUUCACAAGCAUUACAAAAUAUCAAGGAUCAGAUCUUUUUAUAUGCGAAAAGUGCGCUAUACUCAACAAAAUUUCAAUGAACGGCUGUCGAUGAUAAUACAAGAAUUCCCCAAAUUAGAUAAUAUUCAUCCAUUUUAUGCUGAUUUAAUGAAUAUUCUUUAUGACAAAGACCAUUAUAAAUUAGCUCUUGGACAACUCAAUCAAGCAAGACAUCUGAUAGAUAAUGUUGGAAAAGACUAUGUACGCCUCAUGAAAUUUGGUGAUUCAUUAUAUCGGUGUAAGAUGCUUAAACGAGCUGCUCUUGGAAGGAUGGCCACUAUCAUGAAAAGACAAGCUCCCAAUUUAGUAUAUUUAGAACAAGUACGUCAACAUUUAUCACGUUUACCAUCAAUUGAUCCAUAUACAAGAACACUAAUUUUAUGUGGGUUUCCUAAUGUUGGAAAAUCCAGUUUCUUAAAUAAGAUUACAAGAGCUGAUGUAGAAGUACAUUCAUAUGCGUUUACAACAAAAAGUUUGUAUGUGGGACAUACAGAUUAUAAGUAUUUGCGCUGGCAAGUCGUUGAUACUCCGGGAGUAUUAGACCAUCCUUUGGAGGAACGUAAUGUUAUUGAAAUGCAGGCAGUUACUGCUUUGGCUCAUUUACGUGCAGCAAUUCUUUAUUUUAUUGAUAUUUCUGAACAAUGUGGUCACUCUAUUUCUGAACAAGUUAAACUUUAUGAAUCCAUCAAACCACUAUUUACAAACAAGCCAUUAUUAGUGGUGUGUAAUAAAGUUGAUGUCACGCCUAUGGAUCAACUAAGCGAUGCCAGUCGUGAAGCACUGAGCAUUUUUGAAAAAAACAAUGUUCCACUUCUGCCUAUGUCUGCAGUAACUGAUGAAGGUGUUAUGGAAGUAAAACAACAGGCUUGUGAUACUUUGUUGGCUUAUCGUAUAGAAAAUAAAAUUCAGGCUAAAAAAGUAGAUUCUAUUUUAAAUCGUCUACAUGUUGCGCUACCUAAAACUCGGGAUGAAAAAACUAGACCAGCUCAUAUACCUGAAGCGGUAUUACAAAAAAAACGGUUAGCUGAACUACAAGAUUUUAAGAAACAACUUGAGAAAAACUUGGAAGAUGAACUUGGAGACGACUAUAUUUUAGAUCUUAAAAAGAAUUAUGAUUUACCCGAGGAUUUUAAGUAUGAUGUUAUACCAGAGUUUUGGAAUGGAAGAAAUAUUGCUGAUUUCAUUCAUGCAGAAUUAUUACAAAAAGUUGAAGAACUUGAAAAAGAAGAAGCUCUCAGGGAAGAGGCAGGGUAUUAUGCUGUACCUAAAAUUGAAAUUGAUGAAACUUUAAGAGAAAUUAAAGAGUUGGCUCAAAAGAUCAGGGAUAGAAAAAUGAUUAACCGUAAUGAAAGUCGCAUAUCUCGCCAAUCUAACAAACCAACAACACCUAGAACUGCGCCUGCCCGUGCUCGUGGUAGAAGUGCAUCAGAUUUCAGAAGUCGUAUGGAAGAUCUUGGUGUUGAUAUGGAAGGCACUGAAGAAGCUCAUUUCACAAAAACUCGAGGCCGUGCCCGUUCAUUGACUAGAUCUCAAUCACGGACAAAUGCUAAAAAGCCUCGUUUAGGAUCUAUGCACCGGUCUACAUCUACAUCUAGAAGUCAAAGUAGAGUCCCUAGAAACCAAUCUGGUGUUCGCGAUUCAUCUAUGCAAUUGAAACUGAAACAAGUUGCACACAAAGCUAUUGCGAAAAAAGUUAAGAAACAAGGUCUCAAAGGUGAAGCAGAUAGAUUUAUCGGAACUAAGAGACCAAGACAUUUGUAUGCAGGAAAGAGAGGCAUUGGAAAAACUGACAGACGUUAAGAUAUUUUGGUUUUACUUUAUUGUUAAAAUUCAUUCAAGUUUACAUUGGAUUUAUAGUAUAUCAAAUGCAUUUGAUAUAUUCUUUUCAAUAUUUUAAUAAAUGACUUAAGAUAUUAAAAAAAUAGUUGAAUUAUAUAAAUUAAUCAAAGUUUAUACAUUACCCUAGUAAUCAUAAGUAUAGAUUUAAUAUGUAUAGACAUUUGAUAAACCACAGCAUAUAACAUUUUUGAAAACCAA